AUGAAUGCGGUUUCUCCGAAAGAUGAAAAAUUAGAACACGAAGAUAAUAAGCUGGCGAAAGGUGUUGAUGAAAAGUUGAAUAUUGAAGAUGAAACACGAGUACCCACCGCAUCAGCCGCUAAGAAGAAAAAGAAGAAGAAACCUUCCAGUGGUGAACAGGCCUCGGAAAGCACCGAAAAAUCUCCAGAGGUCGAAAAUACCAUCGAUGCCGGAGCCACCGAAGGUGAUCACACGAGUAAUAACACUUCAAAAACCCAACACAAAAAGAAGAAAAAGAAGGCAGCUGCGAAAAGCGAGGGUGAUGCAAAGUCGGACAAAGAACUCACACAAACGGAUCCACCUACUAUUCCCAUAUGCAAGCUUUUUCCGAAUCAGGAGUAUCCUAUUGGGGAAAUUUUGGAGUAUCGCCCCGAAACCGAUGGACGAACAGCGUUAAAUCGAAUGACUUCCGAAGAAUGCAAAGCUCGUGACAGAGCUCAUCUGGAAACUUAUUUGGAGUUCAGAGAAGGAGCAGAGGUCCAUAGACAAACACGGCAACACAUUAAAAAAUGGCUGAAACCGGGGGUGACGAUGAUUGAACUGUGUGAGGAAUUGGAACGAACUAGUCGUGCGUUAAUUUUGGAAAGGGGCCUUCAAGCGGGCUUGGCGUUCCCCACUGGCUGUUCUCUGAAUCAUUGUGCUGCUCACUAUACACCCAACUCUGGGGAUACCACAGUCCUCGGUUAUGAUGAUGUCUGUAAAAUCGACUUCGGAGUUCACGUCAAUGGUCGAAUUAUCGAUUGUGCCUUCACCGUACAUUUUAAUCCUCAGUUCGACACCUUAGUCGAAGCUGUGAAAGACGCUACAAACACCGGUAUAAAAGCCGCGGGUAUUGACGUCCGACUAUGCGAUAUUGGAAAAGAAAUUCAAGAAACCAUGGAGUCGUAUGAAGUGGAAAUAAAGGGCAACACUUACCAAGUCAAAGCUAUCCGAAAUCUGAAUGGUCAUUCACUUGGACCGUACCAAAUUCAUGCGGGCAAAACAGUCCCGAUCGUGGGUGGUGGUGAACAAACCAGAAUGGAGGAGAAUGAAUAUUACGCGAUUGAGACUUUCGGCAGCACAGGCCGGGGUUACGUGACUGAUGGUGACGAGGUGUCACAUUACAUGAAAAAUUUCCAUGCCGGACACAUUCCUCUCAGAUUACCCAAAUCCAAGCAGUUACUCAAUGUGAUCGAUCGGAACUUUGGAACGUUGGCUUUCUGUCGUCGCUGGCUAGAUCGAUUGGGUGAAACGAAAUAUUUGCUCUCGUUGAAACAUCUCUGUGAUGUUGGUAUAGUCGACCCGUAUCCGCCAUUGUGUGAUCAGCGAGGUUCAUACACAGCUCAGUGGGAGCACACAAUUCUCCUACGACCGACCUGCAAGGAAGUGGUCACGCGUGGACCAGACUAUUAG